UGAUACUGAAGAGUAUCCUAUCUUUUCUCAUGCAAGUUGUCUGAUUACUGUAGCCUAUGCUUUUAUCUUGCCAGUUUUAGCACUAGCCAAUCCUUCCACAACAGAUCCUGUAACUUUUUCUACAAGAAUUUCAUUUUUUAUGCUUAAAAGUGAUUUCAAAUGUAAACCUAGAGCAUUAAUAGCUUUAGCUAAAGAAAUUUCAUUGCUUUAUUUUAAAACAAUUGGUAAUAGUCCCUCAAUCACAGUUUUUGAAACUUUGGGUGUUUGA